UGUCCGUGAAGCAAAAGUAGUGCACAAGCUAAUACAGUGCUGAAAACUAGUGUCCGUUAUUUAGUGUUUUUUUCUGUGAGUCCUUUUGAUGGACUGCGUGGAGCAGAAAGACACAGAAGCAAAGGCGCCUUCCGUCGUGGACAGAUAUUACACUCGCUGGUACAGAGCCGAUAUGAAGGGGAAAGCGUGUGAAGACCACUGUAUCCUGCAACAUUCAAACAGACUAUGUGUUGUCACUUUAGCAGAAACCCACCCGAUCCUUCAGAAUGGGCGCACAAUCAAAAGCAUCAAUUACCAGAUCAGUACCGGCUGCAGUCGGCUGAAUAACAAAGUGUCUGGGAAGUCCAAGCGGGGGGGGCAGUUCCUUACUGAUUUCGCACCUCUGUGUAGGAUAACAUGCUCAGAUGAAACUGAGUACACAAUCUACAGCUGCAUCCGGGGUCGUCUUCUGGAGGUCAACGAGAAUAUUUUAGAGACACCUAAUCUGUUGAUGGAAAAGCCGUCCACUGAGGGAUACAUCGCUGUCAUCCUGCCAAAGUUUGAGGAAAGCAAGAGCAUAACAGAAAACCUACUGACCAGAGAGGAGUUCGAGAGCGUCGUCUCCAAACGUAGCGAUGUCCAGUCGCAAACCUCCUGACGGGGCUUCACCCUCUGGCCUUGUUAAUGUUUAAACUGUCCCGGGAGAAGUUCUUUCCCCUCACACUCUCACCCGGUCAGAGGAAGACCGAGAACAGCAUCGCGGACAGUGAUGUUUACAUGGGGUCACUUCUGAAAGACUUUUGUGUGUAAUGCAAGCACUGUGCCUCUAGGUUAUUCUACAUUGUUUUCAGUGUUUAAAACUUUCAUGAAGGGUCCAGGAAGCACUUCAGUUUCCAGUGCUUUAUCUAUUGUUUUUUUUGUUGUUUUUUUUGCUGAGGAAAGCAUGAAAAAUGACUCUCAUCCUGUUGUUACAAAUACUCUUCAGUAAAAGAUAUUUUUGUAAAAUAUCAA